UAUGGCCACACGUUCAGAAUCAAUACCAUCUGGUAUCCCUGGAGAACACAGGAUGUGUCGAUAUGGUUGGGUUGCAUGUGCUUUUAUGAAGCGCAAGUCUAGUCCACAGGUAGAGGGGGACUAGAGGAGAAGAGGGAAGGAGAGUAGAGAUGAGUUGAAGUGGUGGUGGUUGUGGAAAGAAGAAGCUACCGGCAUGGCGGAAGAGCAAGGGAAGGAAGGGGGUGUGUUGAGAGUCUGAUGACAUAGCAAAACUCAGCGGUGGAGAUGUCGCGGAAUAGACUGGGGAGCUUGGAGCUCCCCAAGCUCCCGCCCAUCCGGGAGAGGGAGUAUGACAAAGGCGCAUCAGCAGCUGCCGCCUCCCAUUCGCAGCCUCCUAGUGGCAGAAAGCGAUCUAAUGAAUUGGCACCGACAUCGAGGACAGAUGUCCCCCAUAGCAACCAGGGUAGCUUCAGUAGAGGUGGGAACAGGGGCAGUAGUAGUGUUCCAGAGGAACCCUUCUCCCGUUCGCAGCCUCCUAGUGGCAGAAAGCAAUCUAAUGAACAGACGCCGAGGACAGAUGCCCCCCGCAGCAACCAGGGUAGCUUGAAUAGAGGUGGGAACAGGGGUAGUGGUAGCAUUCAAGGGGAAACCGCGGCAGCAGGGGUUGUGUCAGCGGCGAGCGGUCAAGGGCUAGUGGAUGGAGGAGGAGGGGAUCAACCCCCAAAGGAGACACUACCUGGGUGGGCACAACGUCUAAGUGGUCACAGACGAUUGUCCCUCGUAAGUAAAUUCAGGAAGAGCAUUCGGCAAGCCGAUAAUGAGAUCAGCAUGCUGUUGAAGCAACAAGGAUCGAAAUUCGCCAAGCCUGGUGCUGUUAGAUUCAACAAAAAUGGUUUCGGGAUCAAGCCUACUGUGUUGCGUGUUGUACAUUUUCGGCCAUCGGGAUUUACCCGCCGUCGAAGUAAGCAAUCCGCCGACCUAUCUACAGUGGCGUUCGGAUCUAGAUCUGGUACGAGACCACGGUUGGGACCUGGAUCCGAUGGGCUGCUGCGCCAAAAGAAGUUUCUUGAAGGCUUGCGAGGAACGGUGAAGUCGGUUCGGGAGAAGGUGAGCUGGCAGGGUGAUCAGCCAGGGGCGAUGACAGGUCAGCAAUUGACGGGUGACGAUAAAGUCGCUGAUAAGAGCGCGGAUAAAUCUCAGAUUGGGGAAGAAGACGGGAGCAGCGAGAGUCGGGCGGAGAGCCUCACCACCCCACUUGAGUUGCAUGACACCAGCAAUGAGGAACAGGUGGGCGAGGGAGUGGCACCGGGAACUGGGGGUACUGCAGUUUCCGCAUCUGGUUUGGGAGAAGGGAAAGGCGGAUACUUUCCAUUUCGGGAGUGGUGGAAAUUGCCUGCUGACGAGAUGCGGGCGGUCGCUCUCGACAGCCUUGAAAUCGAUCUCAAGGUAGGAAGCACCACUACUCAAGCUGGGUCAAGUCCAUUUUUUCUGCCUUUUUCUUGUUCCUAAGAUAUACUCUACUGGGUCGAGUCCAUUUUUCCUGCCUUUUUCUUGUUCUUUCCGUUCGUUUCUUUCCUUUCUUUUCUUCUGUUGAAUUAAUUUGUAAGUUCUUAAACUCACCCUGUACAAUCUGCCUUUUGGGAGAAAACUCACCAGUUCACAAGAGCGAUAACAGGCUCGAUUUCUUUUCAGUGUGUGUGGGGGGGUGGUCGGGCCGGAGGGGAGAGGGGAGGGCGGUAUCUUCAGCUAAAGACACCAGGGUUGGGUGUAGGCUGAGAUGUAGUGAUGUUUAAAUCAAAAGAUCCAAAACAC